AUAUUCUCAGAUCCAGUCCAUGGACACAUCCUAAUUCACCCAAUCUGUAUUGUCGUUAUCGACACGCCCGAGUUCCAGAGACUUCGUGACCUCAAACAGCUGGGCAUGGGCUAUUUCGUAUACCCGGGAGCCGCCCACAACCGAUUUGAGCAUUGUUUAGGUGUCUGCUAUCUGGCAGGAGAGUUUGUGAAGCAGCUGAUGGAUAACCAGCCCGAGCUGGAAAUCACAAUUGAAGACCGUUUGUGCGUUGAACUGGCUGCUCUUUGUCAUGAUAUUGGUCAUGGUCCAUUUUCACAUGUAUUUGACAGCAAAGUUAUACCAUCACUUGAGGUCGAACUCGAUGAAAAAUGGAAGCACGAGUACGCCUCUAGGGAUAUAUUUGAUUACAUUUACAAGAACAACCAGAAAGUAGAAAAGACUUUUGGCGAAUAUGGACUCGGCCCACAAGACAUCGAGUUCAUCAAAGAAUUAAUUGCGGGACCAACAAGUGGUCGCAAGCAGGAGGAAUGGUCAUACAAGGGAAGACCGAAAGAAAAGGCUUUCCUGUAUGAAAUUGUUGCCAAUGAACGUAACGGAAUCGAUGUAGACAAGUGGGACUACAUCGCCCGUGACUGCCACCAACUAGGCAUUCGAAACAGCUUUGACCAUUCACGUUUCAUGAAGUUCGCCAGAGUUAUCAAGGGGGAUGAUGGCAGAAAGCAAAUCUGUUUAAGGGACAAGGAAGUCAUCAACUUACACAGCCUGUUUGCAGCUCGAUACCUUUUGCAUAAAACAGCUUACCAGCAUAAAGUAAUAGGUGGAUUAGAAAUUAUGGUGGCACAAGCUCUCGUCAAGGCAAUGGGUGAUUUGACUUUUGCCAAGUAUUUUCCGUCGCUAAAGAAAUGUGAGAAAGUUCCUGACAUUAUCAAAAAGAAGGAUUGGAAAGGCUACAUUCUUAUGACGGACAGUAUCCUGUACAAGAUCCGUGAUGCGUAUGGUGACAUUUCUGAAAAUCUAAAGGCAGCAAAGCAGAUUGUUGAGCGAAUUUUCAACAGAGAUUUUUAUAGAUGUAUAGGUGAAAGCGAACCGUGUAAGCCUGGCGUCCUAAUUGGAAAAAAGAUUGGAGAUGAAAAAGAAACCAAGACAGAGGCGGAGAAAAGGAUUAAAGCGGAAAUCAUACAAGAGGGGGGUUUGCCUGACGCUGACGCGGAUUUUUUUUAUGUACAGGUUGUAAGUUUUGAUUUUGGCAUGAAGGAAGAAAACCCCCUAGAGAAGAUAAGUGUCUACUCCAAAAGAGAGCCUAAUAAAGCCAAGAAAAUUCAACAAGAUGAGAUAUCCACAGUUCUGAAACACUACGUCUUUAAAGAGGAAAUUCUGCGCAUUUAUAUCACGAAAACGGAUGAAAACAAAGAGAAAGCAAUUCUGCAAGCAUUUGACAAGUGGAAAAAGAAAAACCUUGUCACACAGCAAGAAGAAGCUGCAGGGCCCUCUUCUCGGCCAGAUGAUGAUUAA